UCCAUCUAAACAAAAAAAGAAAAGAAAAGAAAAGGAGCAAGCAGUACCAAUGGCAAAGUCUAUUAUUAUCCAGGCGUCUGCCCUUUGCUUCUUGUCCCUCCUUGGUUUCGCUUACUGCGAAGACCGCUUCUUUGUGGAGGGCAAGGUUUACUGUGACACCUGCCGUAUCCAGUUUGUAACAAGGAUCAGUACGUACAUGAAAGAUGCAAGAGUACGCAUAGAGUGCAGGGACCGUGAAGGCAGCAGCGUAAUAUACAGCAAUGAGGCUGUGACUGACGCGUCGGGAAGCUACCAACUUCUGGUGGACGGAAAUCAUGAAGAAGAGAUUUGUGAAGUUGCCCUGGUUAAGAGCUCUGAUCCUAACUGCAACGAGUUGAGCAAGGAUCCUUUCCUCAAGAGGAGUGCUAGGGUCAGCCUCACAGUCAACAAUGGCAUUUCAAGCCCGGUACGCCUUCCCAAUCCUCUUGGUUUCUUGAGGAAGGAACGUCUUCCCCAGUGCGAUGCAGUCCUUAAAGAAAUUGAGCUCGUCCCUGCUGAUAUCCAACAAUAGAAAUCCCUUUAAUUUGUUACAGAAUAAUUUUUUUAUUUUUUUUUAUUUUUUUAAAGAAGUACUGUGAGAAUGUUAUGUAUGUACUAAUACUCAUAGGUAUUGUGAGUAAUUCUUAUAUAUAGGGUUUGUUUGGGAUAUAAUACCAUCAAUGGCCAAAUUGCGCUCAACGAUUUCUUCUAUGUGACUAAAGGCGCGUUUGAUAGACUGUAAUAGUGAUUACAUGA